ACUAACUGUAAAUGAAUUCAAAGAAGUGCUAAAAGCCGAUUGUCAGUCUUAUCAGUUCGCUUUAUUCGUGGUAUUGCAAUCAAUUCGAGAGUACUGAUAUGACUUCACUGAACAAGGAUUUACCCUUCCUGGAUCCGACAGACGAGCUCUGCGAUGAGGAUUACGAGGCCAGGAAGAAGGAAAGGGAGGAAUUCUUUGCUGACGGAGUGAAAGUGAUCGAAGCCAUGAAGAACAUAAAGAUGCUCACAGAAAUGAAGGAUUCCAUUGAGGAAUUCGUGAUUCAACAAUUGGAAAACCCUGAACUGGCGGUGGAGGAGGAUCAGGAAGCGUCCAGAGGACAAAGCGAUACGCUUUCUGAGCAACAUCUGCAGAGAAUGCAGAGAGAAAAGCAAGAUGCUCAGGCGAGAUUCAAUCACAGGACGAGAAUUAUUGCCGAGGGAGCCAGACGCACCUUUGCCGAGGACAAAGCGGAGACUGAGGAGCGAAAGGAGAAGGUCCGGACGCAGUUGCAGGAGAUGGAAGACCUGGACAAGCAGUUCCAGCUUCUGGCGAAUGUGAUGAAGCGUUGUUUCGAUAUACACGAUUCGGAUGAAGAAUAAAAAUCCCUCGAUUGUGGCAGAAAGUAAGGUAGGGACUUGAUGAUGAUUUC